AUGAGGUGGUCACCGAGGACACCAGAAGAGUCGAGGACGUGGUCCCACAAGAACUCCCCUGCUACCUUGAUGGGUGACGACCAGCGGUCUCCUAUCGCGAAAACCAUCAGCAAUGCCACGCUUAGCCAAAAACCCAGAAAGAGCAAUUUUGUUGAGGACCUCAGUCCAGUCAACUGCUCAUCCCAGCCCGUGUGUCUCAAAGAUUGUCAAAAACCUACAGCCUCGAAACACAAUCGCGAGCUCAUUGACAGGAAUGCCGACGGCUUCUUUAAAAUGGAUACUAUGGCCAGUGUGACAGAUGUCCGGCGACGUGUUCAACAGUCCGAUGGAAUCGCGGCCCUGCAGAGGACUCUUGUCCCUACAACAUUUUCUGACGCAGCUUCGUCCAGCACACGCAACUCUCACGCCUCGUCUUCCACGACGGUGGACUCAGUGAAGCGUCCCUCUGCACUUCGACAAGUAACUUUCGCCAAGUCCAGUGGUCGCAAGCCUGAUAGGAGUCAGGGUCCAUUUCCAUACACUACCGACCGACCCCGGGCUACAUCUCGCUUCUCCCUAGCGCGAGAUCUGGUAGCCGCUGGCCACAGAAAGAAGCUUUCAGAGCCAUCAGCACCUGCCAGAUUCGUGAGACUGCCAACUGACCCCGUUGUUCACUUCAAACGGAGCUUCGGCGAAUCUGGUCUCAAGCUCAGGAUUCCCGAACCGGAGCCGGAUGAGUAUGAAGGAGAUGAUUCUGGAUCCGUCACCUCCUUACCGGACGUUGAGUCUGCAGGUGAUCUCAAGUUCCGACCACACGACUCCGAAGCCCGAGACGUUGCACUCAAGUUCGAAUUCGGCAUCCCACGCGCAUUCAUCUCAAACCAGUGCCUCGAAUCCUCAUGCCCCAUGAGAUGGGCGCACGCCAAAGGCCCCUAUCACCACAUGGGCAAACGACACAACAAGAUAAUGACCGGGCUCUUCGGCCACAGCAACCCGCCGCCAGAAAUCUGGAAUGCGUAUCGGAACAUGGUUCACCUGACGUGCGACGGUGAAGUCAUAUCGCCCGAUGGACGUCCUGAGCCGAAAGCGGAGGAUGACCUGGUCAUUGCGUUUGCGAUGUUGCAUUAUGGGGGGUUGAAUGGGAUGAGUGGGCUGGAGUUUCAUCGGCGGUAUGCGGGCCAGCACUUGUCUUCUCGGGUUGCGUUACGGUCUAGGAGUACCAGUUCAUCAGAAGGGUGUUGUGGCUCUCAUCCAGGGAGCUGGAAAUGA